AAAUGAAAAUCGGGUAUGCGCAUGCCCCACGUAGAAAAUGUAAACUUCCUGUCAGAGAAGGAUCACAAGACGUUGAAGACAUGGCGAGCGACACUUGGUUAGCCGAGUAUGAUGCAUGUGCAAGACUUGGUCAAACUCUUAUGGAAAACAUUACAGAGAGAAACAAGCACAACAGGACCAGUUCACAAUACACCAAGCUUUCUGCCCAGAUACGAGUGUCUAUGAAGCAGUUUACCCAGUCAUUAAACAAACUGAAGCAGAAUCUUGUCAGAGCCUCUUCAUCUUACCAUAUAACACAGAGAGAAGUUGAACGUAGACAAAUGAUGAUGGACAACCUAACAACAAAGGAGAAACAGAUAGACCAAGCUUUUAAAAAUGAAGCCAGUGCAUCCAGGUCUUCGUUGAUGGGUGCUGGUGCCAGUGGGUUUGGGGGGAGGGAUCCAUGGGGAGUGAGAGAUGAACCAGAGGAGUACGAAGGAAUGGACAAUCAGGGGAUAGCACAGCAACAACAAACUAUCAUACAAGAACAAGAUAGAGGGUUGGAGUCUCUCUCUAAAGUAAUCUCACGACAGAAGCAGAUGGCUAUAGACAUUGGGAAUGAAGUGGACAGUCAAAAUGACUUGAUUGACGACAUUGGGGAUCACAUGGACCAGACCAAAACGCGCCUGAUUAAGGAGACCAGACACAUUCGUAUAGUGGACAGGAAGUCAGCUACGUGUGCCUACUGGGUGGCCAUCAUCCUGAUUUUCAUAGCUAUCAUAGUCAUUUUGAUUGUGCCUUACAAUGGAAAAGGAGUGUAGAAGCUACAAAAUUUUAGUGAAAGAAAUGGAGACAGUAUUCCUGGAGUAAGGCAGAGUGAUGCAGUU